UUUCGUUGAGUCAGCAAAACAAAAAUCGCUUUUACUACAAGUGUACGUGUGUUUACAGUAUGGACAAGGGGAAUUCGUUAUCUCUACCUACUGGAAGCAGUGCAAGACAGCAUUUAGGCUCUAAGAAAAAAUCGGAUUCAAAGAAUGUUCAUCCAGGCUACAGCAUGUUUGAAUGGAACGUCCUGUGUGAGAGUGGGCAGGACCUGACGGGAGUGGGCGGGAAACUACGCAAGAUUACUUUAGAGGAGCUAGAGAAACACUCGACUGAGAAAGACGCAUGGACAGCAGUGAGAGGCAAGGUGUACAAUAUGACACACUUCAUGAGGUUCCACCCCGGAGGGAAAGCCCAGUUGAUGAGAGGAGCUGGUAAUGACUGCACAGAACUGUUUGAUAAGAUCCACGUGUGGGUGAACAGUGAACACAUAAUGGAGAAGUGUUUGGUGGGAAUUCUUGACACUCCCAGGAGCAGCCAGACUCACAGCCUCCUCUCUGUGAUGGGAGGAAGUGCAGCCCUCACCUCUACACCAUCUGAGUCAGGAGGAGACCUCUCCUUCACAGUGCCCACACUGACAACCCCCACCUCUACACCAUCUGAGUCAGGAGGAGACCUCUCCUUCACAGUGCCCACACUGACAACACCACAGUCCACUGAUAAAGACACACUGCCUUUACACAUGCUGAGACAAGCUAACAUUCAGACUCACGAUUCAGUAGAGGAAGAUAUACGAAUUCAAGUACCUAGUUGGAUUCAACCAUCAUCCCCUCUAGUACCAGCUGUGACUACAAUCAGUGAGAUAGGAACUAGUGUGGACCCACCAUGGCUAGGAUAUGAAACUACUGUAUAACACAAUAUAAUUUAUAAUUAUAUCAAAUUUUAAAUUUUACUCUUUGUCAUUAUUUAUUAAUUUUUUUCGAGUGUGUGACUGACAUGCAUAGUGGUGGUAUAUAAUUACGUCAUGAG